UAAGAUUCUGAGUAUUGCUGAGGUUCAGCGAGCUUAACAUGCAGUCAAUGACAAAGCUAAAAUACCCUUUAUGAUGAAAUAAUCUGAUUUUGAGAGAGAGAGAGGGAGGGAGAGUGCAGUUGUGUGAAGAAAUGGAGAAGAGAAUGAUCCAAAUCCUCCGAAAAUGCAGAAACUUGAGAGAAUUAAAACAAACCCAUGCCAAUAUUCUAGUCCAUGGCCUUGGAGAGAGCAACAUGGUCCUUCCCAAGCUCAUUGAUCUCUCUUCCACCUUCAAAUCUCUUGACUACGCUACCCACAUCCUUGCUCACUCUCAUCGUCCUAAUACAGUCGUUUUUAACUCCAUGAUGAAGUCCUUCAUUGAGAGAAAUCAUCAAAACGAGGCAUUUUUAACCUAUAGCAAAAUGAGGGGUUUGGGUAUUCCACCCAAUUAUUUCACUUCCACCAUUCUUGCUAAAGCUUGUGAAUCAAUGGGGUCUUUGGAGUACACAAGUGGGAUUCAUGCCCAGAUAAUAAAAUGUGGAUUUGGAUGUGAUGUAUUUGUUCAGAACACCCUGUUGUACGUGUAUUCAAAUUGCGGUGAUUUGAACUUAGCCCGUCAGGUGUUUGAUGAAAUGCUUGAAAGAGAUGUGGUUUCAUGGAAUUCUAUGGUUGGAGCUUACAUGGCCCAUGAAGACACCGACCAAGCUAUGACUCUCUUUGAGUUGAUGCCAACGAGGAAUUUGAUUUCCUGGAAUACUUUGAUCUCGGCUUUGUGCAAGGCUGGAGAUAUGAAGUCUGCACGAUCUGUGUUUGAUCGGAUGCCAAUAAGGGAUGCUAAUUCGUGGAAUGCUAUGAUUACUGCAUAUGUGACUUGUAACGAUAUUUUAGCUGCAAGAUCGAUUUUUGACCAAAUGAAGGACAAGGAUGUUGUUUCUUGGACUGCUAUGAUCUCUGGUUACACCAAAAUCGGAGAUAUGGAGUCUGCGAGGUCUCUCUUUGAUCAGAUGACAGUAAAAAAUGUGAUCUCAUGGAACGCGAUGAUUUCUGGAUACAGCCAAAAUAGUCGGUUUGAUGAGGCAUUAUCUAUGUUUCAAAACAUGUUGCUUGAUGGGUUGUUUCUACCUGAUGAAGCUACGCUCGUCAGUGUUGUGUCAGCCUGUUCACAGCUUGGUAGCCUUGAACAUGGGAAUUGGGUUUAUUCAUAUAUAAAGAAGAACAACCUAAACUUAACAAUGCCAUUAGGAAACGCACUUAUAAACAUGUUUUCGAAGUGUGGAGAUAUCAGGACUGCAGAGUAUGUAUUCAAUCAGACGACCAUGAAAUGUGUAAUUACAUGGACAACGAUGGUGUCAGGCUUGGCCUUCAAUGGGCAAUGUAGAGAAGCUUUGGCUCUCUUCAAGAGAAUGUGUGCUGAAGGAAUAGAGCCUGACGACAUUAUAUUCAUAACCGUUCUUUCUGCUUGCUCCCAUGGAGGCCUCACUGAAGAAGGCCAAGAGAUUUUCAAUCUGAUGAUAAAACAUUACAUGAUCAAACCAAGGAUAGAACAUUAUAAUUGUAUGAUAGAUCUCCUCGGUAGAGCAGGAAAGUUCGAAGAAGCAAUUGAGUUCAUAGAGAGCAUGCCAUUUGAGCCUACUGCAGUUAUAUGGGCUACUUUACUUAGUUUUUGCUCGGCUAAUGUUAAUAAUGAAUUUAUAGAAGUUUUGAGUCAGAAGAUAGCUAAUUUAGAUCCAUCGAAUCCUGGAUAUAGAGUGUUGAUUUCAAAUUCGAGUGCUCUAAAGGGAAGAUGGAAUAAUGUGAUGGAAGUUCGAGGAUCGAUGAGGAGGGAGGGGAUUGAGAAAAUGCCUGGUUGCAGUUCAAUUCAAAUUGGGAGAGAGGUGCAUGAGUUUCUCGUUAAGGAUUCAAAGCAUAAGAGGAGGAAAGAGAUUUAUGAGGCUUUAGAUGAAUUAACAGAAGUGAUGAAAAAAGUAAGGUAUUGACUGGAUGGAUGGGAUUUGGAAAACUGACUGAUGCAUACUCUCUUCAUACAAGAAAAAGGAUACACUCUUUGUUGUUUUCUUGCCAGGAACCUGAUCAAAUUAAAUUCAGCACAGGUUUUUUAUUGCCCUUGACAUUACAUCUGACCAAAAUUGUAUGAUAUGCUUCACUAUUAUAUGUGUAGAAUGAAGAAGAGUUCAGCUGGCCGUAGAUGGAAGAAAGCUACCGUUAGAGCACAUAUUGUUGGAUAUUUUAUUAAAGAAAAGGCAAUUUAACAUGUUUUACAUAUUUUAUUUUCCUCAGCAAUUAAUACGUGCAUAAUGGCUAUAUAAUUAUGGCGAACGUUACCGUAUUAAUUACGGGUUUAUUGCGUAACG